CUGAGCUUCAUCAUUUGACGUGAUGAACAGCACAAUUCCCAGUCCUUUACCACCAAGCUCUCGCAUUACUUUAGCAUUUUUAAUGGGCAUACUUGCUUUUGCUAUAAUGUUAGGAAAUGCCAUUGUCAUUUUAGCUUUUGUGGUGGACAAAAAACUUAGACAUCGAAGUAAUUACUUUUUCCUUAACUUGGCCAUUUGUGACUUCUUUGUUGGUGUGAUCUCCAUUCCUUUGUACAUCCCUCAGAAGUUGUUUGAUGGGAACCUUGAAAUUCAAACCUGUGUAUUUUGGCUUAUUGUGGACUAUCUUUUGUGUACAGCAUCUGUAUAUAACAUCGUACUCAUCAGCUACGAUCGAUACCAGUCAGUCUCCAAUGCUUUCUCUUACAGAGCUCAACACUCUGGGAUAUGGAAGAUCGUGGCUCUGAUGGUGGCCGUCUGGGUGCUGGCCUUCUUAGUGAAUGGGCCACUAAUUAUAAUUUCAUAUUCUUGGAAGGAAAAAGAGAGGUAUUGUAGUCCUGGAUUUUUUUCAAAAUGGUAUAUCCUUGCCAUCACGUCAUUCCUGGAAUUCCUAGCCCCAGUCUUCUUAAUAGCUUAUUUCAAUAUCUAUAUUUACUGGAGUCUAUGGAAGCGCAGUUGUCUCAAUAGGGGGCAAAGUCCUCCUGAACUCAGUUCUGCCUCUUCAGGUAACUCUGAACACUUGUUCAAGUGUCGACUGUUUUCAAAGGCAUCUCUUGCUGAACCAAAGGAAGCAGCAGCACCCCUUCGUUUCGAGAGACAAGAAAGAAAGAACAGUUUCUUUUUUUGUGUAAGAACCCAGAAGAAGAGAGAUGUAAUUGCUUCUAAAACGGAUUCCCUCUCCCGCUCAGAUAACCUAAUUCUUCACCAAAAAGAAUAUAUUGCACUGCUCAAAGUCAAGAAAUUAGCCAAGUCACUCGCCAUUCUCUUAGGUGUUUUCAUCGUUUGCUGGGCUCCUUAUUCUCUGUUCACAUUUGUUCAUUCAAUUUAUAAGUCAGGUCAGCAAUUUUACACGUUUGGGGCAGCUGAAACAAUUGUCUACGAGGUCACAUUUUGGCUUCAGUGGUGUAAUUCCCUCAUCAAUCCUUUUUUGUAUCCAUUGUGUCACAAACGCUUUCAGAAGGCUUUCUUGAAAAUAUUUUGUUUAAAAAAGCAACCCAUACUACCCCUCCCUCAGACAGUGUCCUCUUAAAGACAAUUUAAUUUUUUUCUUCUUAAUCAUUUUUUUAUUAAUGUUUGAAUACAGCUGUCUCCAUUUUCCCAUCACCACUUUCCCCCGCCCCACCCACUGCCACUUCACAUCCUCAAUCCUACCCUCCUUUGGCUUUGUCCAUUGGUCCUUUAUACAUGUUCAUUGAUGACACUUUCCCUCCUUACCUCCAUUAUUCCCACCCCCAUCCCC